UCAAAGUUUACAAAGUCGAAAAGAGCAUUUGUGAUGUGAUUGUUUGUUAUUAAUUUAAUAUUAAAUUUGAAAUAGUUACGUGUUAAUAAGUUGUGUAUGUUGGUAUUUAUCAAUUAAAACAUGAAAACUCCUAAAUCGUCGGAUAGCGAGGAAGUUACACCGUCGAAAAAAGUUUUAAAACAAGCUCGUCUUCCAUUUAAAACACUAAGUGAUUUAUCGCCGCAACCUACUACUCCUGUGUCAAGAAAGCGAAAAUUGUCUGCUCAGGCGGCCGAGCCACUUACCAAAGUAGGUAAGGUUGUUAAACAUGAUGAAAAAGAGGAAAUAUUAGUGAUCAGUGACGAUGAUAGUAACACCGGGUCAGAUGUUAAGAAAGUGCCCACACAGCUUAACCCUUUCGUUAAAUUAGUGGAUACUGCGUGGAAAAAGAAACUACAAAAGACUAAAGGUGGUAAGAAGAAGAAAAGUGGCGCCAAAAAGGCCAAAACUAUUACAAAUGGAUCUGUAGAAAAUAUUGAGAACAAAUGUGAUGAGAAUGAAAGUGGCAAUGUUGAAUGUGUGGAGAAAAUGGAUGUCGAUGUCGACACAAAAGAAAAGAUUACAGAAAACCCAGCGAAAGAUAUUAAAACGAAUACAGAAGAAGUAGUGCAUAAUUUAAAUAGUACACAAGUGACUACAAAUGAUGACAGUAAGCCUGCUAAUUUAUUAGACAAAUCAAUUAGUUCUACAGAUAGCAAAAAUGAUAUUGAGUCUCCAGAUUUAAAUAAACAUAAUGAAAACACAGAUGAUAAGAACAGCACUGAUAAUGAUUCAAAAUUAAUGAAAUCUCCUAAUAAAGAUUUGCUGAAGUCCCCCAAGAGAAGUGAAAGAAUAAAAUCAAAAAUAGAAGACAAAGUUUCAGACACUUCAGUCAAUUGUGACGAGUCACUCAGUUCAGACCCAUCUACUCCGAGGAGAUCAAACAGAAACCAGUCCCUAACAAAUAGUCAAGGGGAUGUCUCUAUGAGUGAUUCAACUAACACAAAUCUAACACCGAAGCAACUUCAAAAGAAAUUAGAGUCUACAAAGAAAAAAGAAGAAAAAGAAAAGGAAAGGUUAGAAAGGGAAAAGAAGAAACAACUUGAAAAGGAGGAGAGGGAAAAGCAAAGGAGAGAAAAAGAGGAACAAAGAAAACGGGAACGUGAGGAAAAAGAGGAAGCAAAGAAGAAAGAAAGGGAAGAAAAAGAAGAACUGAGAAAAAAAGAAAAAGAGGAGAAGGAAAAGCAGAGGGAGUUAGAAAAAAAACAAAAGGAGGAAAAAGAAGAACAAAAGCGGAAAGAGAAAGAAGAAAAGGAGGAACAGAGAAAAAAGGAGAAGGAAGCUAGAGAAGAUGAGAAACGUAAGAAACAAGAAGCGAUAGAACAAGAGAAACAAGAGCAAGAACAAAAGAAAAAGAAGGCAGCAGAGGCAUUUGUCAGUUUCUUUGUACCGAAACAAAAGACAGAGAAGGAUCAAGUUACUAUCAAAAGUGUCAGCAAAAAUGACAUGCUGUCAAGUUUUACUAUCAAAUCUGACAUGAGAUUAGCACCGACAGUCAGAGUUCGUUUGAACAAUGAAGAUAUUAAAUGUUUAGAUAAUUUGUUACAAGAACAAAAUGUACCAGAGAAGUCAUUGUAUAUAAAAAGUUUGAAGGAAGGCAUGAGGAAGCCAUUGACUGAUACAAAAACUUGGCCAUUGAGUGAUCAAAAUGAUGAUGACGAUGUGAUGAUUGUUGAAGAUGAGUUACCACCUCCUGUGGAUGCUGUCAGUCAGAUCAUCACAUGUGAGUCGGUACCCCAUGAGAAGCUCCGCCCCAAACUCCUGGCGUUCCAUGACAAUCGGAGACCACCAUAUUGGGGAACUUGGAGAAAGAAGAGUGCGUUCAUUAAAGCUAGACAACCAUUUAAGACUGAUGAGAAGCUUCUAGACUACGAAGUGGACAGCGACGAGGAUUGGGAAGAGGAACAGGAUGGUGAGAGUAUCGACGGCAGCGCUGCUGGCAGCGAUGAUGAACAGGAUGCUGACGAGUAUGAGGUCGACAAUGAAGUGUUUGUGCCCCAUGGGUACUUGAGCGAUGAGGAAGCUACAAUGGAUGAAGAUGACGUACUCACUCUUUCACCGGAAACUCAGAAAGCUAGAUUGAAACAUCUUGAAGACGAGUUUGAAAACGAAAUGAAAAAACCCACGGAGAAGUUAAAACCCUGGUACUAUGGCCUAUCAUGGGAAACAGAAGAUGAAAAACCAGAGAAAUGUGCAGAUUCUAUAUGGAAUUAUUUCGGAAAAUUCUCCAUGAUUAUGAACGAUCCACCACAAUUACAACCUUCAAACGAUAACGUAGAACCAGAAAAGAAGAAAGUAAAAAGGAAGAAGACACCAGAUGGAGAAAAGCAGAGUCCUAAAAGUGAGAAAAAGAAGAAAGCCAAGGUUGAAGAGAAAGAUGGCAAAAAACCGAAAACGGACAACAAAAAAACAAACCAAGAGACGUUAAAAAAUCAACCCGGGAUAAAUACAUUUUUGAAAAAACUGAAGACUUCGUGAAUUGAUAGAUUAUCUAAUUAUUUCUAGAUUGUAUUUAAAGUUAUUUAAUUUAACAUUUAUUAUAUUUGCCGCUGGAUUAGAAGUAAUGUUCUCCAGUAACUGCUAAAUAUAAAUGUUUUUUUUUAAUCAGUUUAAACACUUUUCAUGUGAAAAAGUAGCAAAACCUUUUGGUUUUUCGGAGGUCUAUGAGGAGGUUCUAUUGCUUGAGUGAAUACAUAAUUUCUUAAAAAUUAUUUCAUGAGUAUGCAACAUUUGUAAUUAUUUUAUGUCUAAAUUUACUUUAAUUUGCUACUUAAAAUGAUGAAAAAACAAAAUUAUUGUUUUGUAGUUAAAGUUCCUACAGCCUUUAACUUAGGGUGGUUACACAUUGCAUCAAAAAAAUCAAAAUUCAUUUAUUUCAGUUAAGCUUGUAAGUUGUAAACUACAACUUUACAAGCACUUUUGAAACGUCAGUGUCAUUAGUUAAUGGUGGUAAGUAAAGUUGAAAACUUAAAAUUAAAGUUACGAGGGUUCCAAAGCGCCUAGAGUUGGAAGAGUCCACAACAAACUCAGCCAAGAUUUAUUGUGGGCUCUUCUUUAUUUGUAAGUUUCCGACUUUAUUUACUACCAUUAAAUCAUGACAUAACUUGAUGUUUCUCUUUUGUUGUAAAGUCUGCUUUUCACGGGUUCGAUUUGGAUGCAAUGAAUAAACACAUAUUUAUUCGAAUGUUUAUCUAUAUUUUAUCUGCACUACUUGUUAUAAGGAGAAUAUGGUGUGGAUUUUCAUCCUCCUCGUAACAAGUUAGCCCGCUUCCAUCUUAUAUUGCAUCAUCACUUACCAUCAGGUGAGAUUAUAGUCAAGGGCUUACUUCUAAAGAAUUUUAAAAAAUGCUAUAUUUUGUUCUAUUAUUCCUACGGGAUCAAAAACUACGCAGUGGGAACCGCGGGGCUCUGCUAGUCCAAGUGUAAAGUUGCAGGUGCAUUAGUGGUUGUAUAAAGAAACUAAAUUGAUAGCUUUACAAGCGUUAAAAGUAUGUUUAUGGGACACAUAAAAGACAAAGAUUUUAUACUAUAGAUAUGCAACGAGCGAGUCGAAAUUGAGGCGGACAAAAGUGGCUAAUUGUCUUAAUUUCAUUUAGACGCAUUGUAAGUAACGAAAGUUAUAUAAACAUAUAAUAUCAAAAUAUUGUCUACAACGUCCAGUUGUGUGGUCAGGAAGUUUAAUAAGUAUGUACACGUAAGAGUAUAAUGUAAUGUAAGUACACACAAAAUCGUGCACAUAUAGCGCUCAGUGGAAUAGCUAAAUUCGGAUCACUUUUUGCGGUAAUUUUGUAGGCACGUAACAUAUCUAAUAGUAGAAAAUCGUUGAUAAAUGAACCCCCCCGGUGACGCCGCUGAGGUCCCAUAAGGAGCCUACGGCACUUACACAAUCAGAAAAAAAAAAGAGUUGAUAAAUGAGUUGUUUAUUAUAAAUCUGUCAAUUUAGUUUUGUAAUAUUUUUUUACAUAGCUAGUUACUAGACUGUUUACUUACUUUCUGGUGAAUGUAACUUAUUAAGAUAUGAAUAUUUUAAAUUGAUCAUACCUAAUUUAAAAUAAAACUAUAGUAUUUAUAAUUUUAAAACAGCACCAGUGAAAAUAGCCUGUAAAUAUUCAGAAUUCAAAUACAUUUUUUAAAUGAAAA